AUGGCAAAUCAUAUUCAGCAUUUAUUCAUCAUUAAUCGAGCCGGAAGUUUGAUUUAUAGUUGGGAGGCCAGGAUUGAGACGCCAGAAGUCGAAAAAACGUACGAAUGGCCGAUAGAUGUGCAUUUGGAGGAGGUCGAUCAGAAGGCCGUCGUGGUAUUCGGUGAGAAGGAGGGUGUUAAGUUGAGAUAUUAUGUGAAAAGUGUGAAUGGGGAGACGGUGACUGGCACUCGGCUCCAACAAGGCGCCCAACAAGUCAAUGUACUCGAAUUCUUGCAGGAAGAGGAUAAUUAUCCGGUAACCGUCCGAUUCGCCGCCCCAACCGUCUCAACCAACGAGAAGAUCAUUCUGUCGUCAAUGUUUCACUCGUUGUUCACAAUUGCCGUCCAACUGUCUCCAUGUCCGAAGAGUUCCGGUGUGGAGGUUCUCGAGACGACACAAUUCAAGUUAUUCUGUUUACAGAGUAGAACAGGCGUCAAAUUCGUGGUGAUCACAUCGGCCGCAUCGAACAUCGCCGCCGAUUCACUUCUCUCGAAAAUGUAUGAAUUAUAUACGGACUAUGCGCUGAAAAACCCGUUUUAUUCAAUCGAUAUGCCAAUUCGAGCACAAAAAUUCGACGAAGCGAUCAAGAUUUUGUUGGAGAAAGCAGAGAAGAGCAAUGGAGCCGUCACGUUUUAA